GGGCCCGGGCCCCGGCACGCUCCCGACACGUUGCCUGCCAGCACAGCCAGCACGUGCCGCUGCCAUCAGAGGGUUUUUUUUCAUCUUGGCGGGUGACGUAGACAAGCAGCGCAGCGCAUGCCGUUGCCAAAGGCGGUUGGUGUGGGCGGGGCCGGCUGGCUGGCGGCGGGAGAGGCAGGGCCGAGGGCGGGCGGGCAGACGGGUAGACGGGUGGGUGAUCGUCGCUGUCAGCGGAGGGAAGGAGUCGCGGAGCCGCGGAGCGAGCGCACAGGCAGAGCAAACCUCCAGGUUUUUUUUCUCUCCCGCACCCUUUCCCUCCGCUGUCAGUGUUGUGAAGAAACAAGCGAGGGAUGGAUUCCUCCAACGAAGAGUAGUUAUGGAAAGGGACAAGGAACAAGCAAAGGUGAAGAUAUUCAACUGGAAGGCUAAUUUCAGUGAGCUGAAAAGGGAUCUGGCCCAGGUGGAUUGGAAACGCAGAUUGGCAGGCCUCCUGCAAAGUGACCCAGUUGCUGAAGUAGGAGAAGAUGCAGCUGCAACUGCUGAUCUAGGAGGUGGAAUGACGGAUGAAGAUAGAGAAGAACUGACCAAUGAACUUGCUAAGGUGGAGGAUGAAAUACAAACACUUUCUCAAGUCCUCGCAGCAAAAGAGAAACAUGUUGCUGAGUUAAAGAAGAAGCUAGGAUUGACUCCACUACAUGAACUUAAAGAAAAUUUGUCAAAAAGUUGGUUAGAUGUACAAUCCUCUGUGGCAUUCAAGAAGACAUCGGAAACCCUUGCUCAGGCUAGUCAGAAGGCGUCCUCUGCAUUUAAUAAUUUUGGUUCUGCCAUUACCAAAAAGUUUGAAGAUGUUCGAUUACAUGCAAUUUCACAUUCUUUUAGCAUUCACUCCCUACGACACUCAAUUAGCAUGCCCGCUAUGAGAAAUUCACCGACUUUCAAAUCCUUCGAAGAUAGAGUUGAAAACAUAAAAUCUAAGGUCGCAGGCAACAAGGAAGGUGGUGGUGAUUUUGGGAAUGUUCUAAAUUCUGCAGCAAAUGCAACUGCCAGUGAGACCAUUACAGAAGAGGUUUCAGAUGUUCAAGAAGCUCGUUAAUGUGGUUUUAAGUCUCCUUUUUGACAUGUUACAAAUCAAGAACAUUAACAUAAAUAACUGCGUUCUUCCAUCCAGUUGUGCCCUUGUCACACAACAUUGUGUCUUGUAUUUAACAGCACAAGGUCUGCCUGGCCCUAGAUUACUGUAAUAAAAAAUCGUCACUUGUAUCAGUUUGGUCCUAAUAGCAAAAAUUAAUUUGUUUUGGAAUACUUUUCGGUCUGAUUCUUCAGGCUUGAAUGACACUUCAAAAGUUGUACCAUGUUUAAUACCGCAGGGAAACUAUCGCAAAGUAUGGAAUAUUAAAUUGCAGUUUUUUUCUCAUGUUAAUUAUUUUGAAAUGCUCUAAAUUUGAUAACCAGCAGACCCACAUUAUGCCUCGGCCUAAAAAUGAUAGCUUGUGUUUUAAUUUUAACUGUCUAUUAAAGACAUGUGGAAGAUCUUUCUUCUGGGAGGUGUAACGUGUUCCAGCUCAUUUGCAGGGAAAUAUCAUAAACUGAUCUGAAGCUACUUGUAUUUCUCUUCAGACUUUGAAUUCUACAGUUUUUUUGGCUAUUGUAAAUCUUAUUCGGCUAGUUUCACGUUUAAUACAUGGCAAAGUAUUUUGUAGAAGGGAAGUGAUUGCAAAAUGUACGUUUCUCAUUUUAGUGCAUGUUGACAGUUAGCAGCCGUUAAGAUUCAGAUUUUUGGGUCUGCAAGUUGUAGACCAAAUGAAUGAAUGACAUUGAUUAAAAGAUGUCACGUUUCUGCAUAUUUGAAAAUAUUUGAGGUUCAUGAGUUCAGUGUUAAAAUUGUAAAAUGGUAAUUUUUUUCAAGAUAGGUGAAAUAUGGUACAGUCACAGAAAUAUCUUGAUGCGCUCUGUAACCAAAAAAUCGCUUAAUAAAGGUUGAUGGUAAAGUG